AUGGACGUAGCCGUUAACAAUCGCCUCAAGGCGCUCAGAGAGGAACUCAAUCUGGAGGAAGGAGACGAGUCGGUGUACACUCACCUUCGUGAACUCAUCCUCGACGGGACCGUAAUAAAGACACUGACGCCUCAGGAUGGCGACCUCCUCGCAAAGUUCAAGAACCUCGCCAAACUCUCACUCAACGGCACAGGGCUCACCUCGCUUACCAACUUCCCUGAGAUGCGUUCGCUGAAGGUCCUCGAGAUGACAGACAACUACCUCUCCGACACCGUCAUAUUCUCGAUGAUACCGAACCUUUUCCCCAAUCUGAGUAUGCUGCACCUUGGCGGAAAUCACCUCAAAACAAUCGAGGACGUGCACAUGCUACGCCCAAUGAAGCACCUGGUGGCAUUGGGUCUCGCAAUGAACCCUCUGGCGUCGGCCGAAAACUACAGGGAGACAAUCUUUUCUGCCCUGCCCAAUCUCCAGAGCCUUGACCAAGUUGACCACUCAGGAGCAGAGCGCCACGUGGAUUCCGACGCAGAGUACUACGACGAUGAUGACGAUGACGAAGAGGAGGGAGAUGACGUACUUAAAAAGUUCUACGAGGCUGACUACAACAGUGACGACGACCAAAAUGACGAGGAAUUCGUACCGGACGAUGGACAAGAGGAGGAGGAAGAUUUCUACGAGGACGAAGAGGAGGAAGUGGAAGAAGGAGACGAUGACGAGUAUGCCGAAAAUGGAAACGGAACUUCGUCUUCGAGCAGUAAAAGAAUGCGCGAAGAAUCAGAUGAUGAGGCCAAUCACAAGAAGGUCGCACAGUAA